GCCGACCUGGAAAUGAACUCAAGUUUAAAAACACAGCUUCGAGAACUCACAAUUACUGGAGCUAAGCAGAUUGAAGUUGGAGAUAAGAAGUGCAUCGCAAUCUUCGUGCCUGUGCCAUUGUUGCGUGCCUUUCAACGUGUACAACAGCGCCUGGUGCGUGAGCUGGAAAAGAAAUUUAGUGGCAAACAUGUUGUAGUGAUUGCACAGCGCCGCAUCAUACCUAAGCCAUCUCGUAAGCUGAAGAACCCACCCAAGCAAAGGAGACCCAGGAGCCGUACCUUGACUUGCGUACAUGAUGCAAUUCUGGAGGAUCUUGUUUUUCCUGCUGAGAUUGUGGGCAAGAGGAUCAGAGUUAGACUUGAUGGCUCUCGGCUCAUGAAGGUUCACCUUGACAAGGCACAGCAAACAAACAUUGAACAUAAGGUUGAAACAUUUGCUGCUGUCUACAAGAAGCUAACUGGAAAGGAGUGAACUUUU